AUUGCAGAAGGAAGAUUGCAAUAUUCCACCUGUUAAAUCAAGCAAUUGUGGAUUUUGAUUCUUCCACUGAACGGCAGUGAUAUCUCUCUGCAGUAAUCGUGUGAGCCAGAGCCAAGCCAGCGGGCAGCAGGCAGGCAUAGAUGAAAAAUGCAGAAGCUAAAAUGAGAAGGACUGACAUUUUGACCCCUUAUCCAUCCAUCGAGCCAGUCUGCAGAGGCCAAAAUAUAACCAAAGUUUCCUGAAUCCCAGACCAGCACUCUAACUGUGAGGUGCUUUGAGCUCUUUUUCCUGAGACUGUUUUGCAGUGAUACUUACUUUCUCCUCUACCUUCAUUGGGAUGCGCUGGAAUUUCCUGGGGAAUACAAAUUGCUUGGCCAUAGCUGUUCACCAGUAACGCAACGGCUGGGUGUGGAAGAGGAGAGCCUGCAUCAGGACCGGCAGGCAGGUCGGGGGGUUUUGACAGCCUGGAGGGAGCCGCACUGCCUAACUUGCAGCUCCCGACAAAUGGAAGUGCCACAUUCAGAAACAAUAAAACGACGCAGGCCUUCAGAGAGAGGGAGUUCAAGCACUCUUGUCACCCGCUGCAGAACACCGGGUUCCUCUGGGAACACUGAGGACAUUUCUCCCGGAGAUGGUUGAAGAGCAUCUUUUGAUCAAGCUCCUGGUCCCCUUAAUGCUGCACUCCCGAUGCAGAAUGGUUAAAUUUGCUGCCGGCUGGGUCUGUGGCACUUCAUUCAAUUGCCAAGUCCGCUUCAGGUGAAAAAAAUGAGAAGCCAGCAAAGGCCAAGGCUAUUUUCCAGAAGAGGAUUCACAGAGGACCUGACUUCUCUGAACGCUCAUUAUAUUCAACUCUUUCUAAACACGGGAGGAAAUGACUAGUAAUAUUGUGACAUCCCUCGUACUCUGCCAGGCCUGCAAUUCCACUCUGGCGGGCACGGAGCGUGCUUUGAACCCUGGGUCCUGCCCCGAGUUUCUAAUACUGUAUCAACACGGUGCGUUGCAGGGUGUAUUCACCGCCCCGAGUUACUGAAAACCUGUGUGAACCUGAACUGAAUUUGGGAAAAGGAUUGAUGUUUCGGCUCAGCCUGAACUGUUAUCAGCAUGUUCGUAUUUGCAGGCUCAACAAGCAGCAGCAAAACAAACAGUUCAAGUGACUUGAGCAAGAUCACCUUGCAGCCUGACGCCGCUUUCUGGAGUGACCAGGGCGGAUCCUCGGUGCCUUGCAGUCAAAGAGGUGCACGGUGAUGCUUGAGAUGGUCCUCGGUGGAAGCACAACUGCUGCAGCUGAAGGAAGUGACUGGUCACAUAGUGACCAAACGGGGCAAAUACAAUCGCUGCAAUCAACAGUUGCUCCAGACUGGAUGCUGAGCUCCCGGAGAACUGGACCGAUACCCGCGAGACGCUGCUGGAGGGGAUGCUCUUCAGGCUCAAGUACAUGGGCAUGACGCUGGUGGAGCAGCCCAAGGGAGAAGAGCUCUCUGCCGCUGCUGUCAAAAGGAUCGUGGCCACGGCUAAAGCAAGUGGAAAGAAGUUGCAGAAAGUUACUCUGAAAGUCUCUCCCAGGGGGAUCGUGUUAAAUGAUAGUGGAACCAACGAACUGAUAGAAAACAUCUCCAUAUACAGGAUAUCCUACUGCACGGCAGACAAGAUCCACGAUAAAGUGUUUGCCUACAUUGCCCAGAACCAGCUCAAUGAGAACCUGGAGUGCCAUGCCUUCCUCUGUACCAAACGGAAAAUGGCCCAAGCAGUCACCCUAACGGUAGCUCAGGCGUUCAAAAUAGCAUUUGAGUUCUGGCAAGCGUCCAAGGAAGAGAAAGAGAAGCGGGAAAGGUCCAUCUUGGAAGGAGAAGGUGCGAGUGGCCCAAACUCUAAAGCUCCUGCCUGCCCCGAAGCACCAGUGGCCACAGGAAACUUGCUGGAUUUAGAAGAUCAUGCCAAAUUGCCCCCGACCGUCAGUGCAAACUCCACGCAUUUAGAUAACAGCAUGUUUGGGCCCAGCUCCUCUGUAAAUAACAACGUAGUGUGGGAAAUGGAUGAUGGUCUCGACGAAGCAUUUUCAAGACUUGCUCAGUCGAGGACAAACCCUCAUGUUCUUGACACAGGACUGACGGCUCAAGACAUCCAGAGUGCAGAAAUGCUCUCACCUGUAGACUGGAACAAAAUAGAUUCAAAUACAGGCGAGAAAGAUGAUCUGUUCAUGUUUUGAGGUCAGAUGCAUCUAACAGUUCACCAUAGAAUAACCACUAAAAGUUUAUGGACUGAAUUAAUGCUGUUCUGGGUGCUGUACACAAGGAACUCUUCUGAGGGGGGUCUUCACCAAGUCAGAUGAUAUUACAGCACAGUUUAGACCAAAGCUUUAGAAAUCUAAUGCAGAUUUUUUUUUACCUUGCUCUUAUCUAAACUAUGAGAUGCUCUCAAACAUAUUUAUUCGUAGCCAUUACAGUUUACAUAUAUUAUUGGAAGGUGUGUAGAGCAUCUACAGUAUUAGAUGGCAAUAUACCAGUGGAAGAACCUUCAGCAGUGCCUGUUUCUCUCUGAAAAAGACUAUGCAACACCAAAGUCUCUGUGUAUAUAUAUUUCUAGACAAAGGUCUGCAGAUGCAAUUGCGAUUGCAAGCACAACUGUUACUAAUUCACUGUUUCUUGAACAACACAUCACCUGCCUAGGCUGAGAGGAGGAGAUUUGCAGCCGCUGCUAACAGUGUUAAAAUGAAAGCGGCAGCAGAGAUCUUGCUUUUGUUGUGAAUGUCUGUGAUACUCUCACAGUUGUCAGUCAUCCAUAUGUGUUCUGGCCUUUUCUUUGCCAGCUUCAUAUGGCAACUGACAUUUUUUACCCAAAGACUCUAUGAAGUUUUGCACUUUAAAACUUGAACUGAAAGCAAUGGUCUGAAAUGUCAAGGUAAGCAGUGUCUGUAACUUCUCUUCAGAAGCUAUUUACCCAAAAAAAACGGCAAUGCUGCAGGUCUGUUUCAAAACUGACUACUCGCGUGCACUGUUUGUGCUACGACUCAAAAUACUAAGGCUCGGUUGCAUUGCCGGCUUUAGUAGCAAAAGCACCAGGGAGUAACAAUUUGAUUUCCUAAAGCAUGUUGAAAGUUGCAGGUUGGGCGAAUCCCCUAGCACAAUAGAUCUGUGUUCUUAGCUCUGCUAAGUGGAUUUGGCUGUGCAUGCCUUUUUACUGUCUCAAAACCAUUUGGUGGUUGCCCACUCAAUAGACUCAAACGGAAUCAGAUUAGGCAAGACCAAUACCUGUAUGUUCAAUUAGCAAAACGUCCCCUGUUCGGUGGUGGUCUGGUACUCUUCUUCCCGAUAGCCCCAUCUCCUGUGAGGCGUAGAAAGCUCUCUUCCUAUACUCCUGGAACUGAAAAUAAGUAAUGGAGGUAUAAAGCUUAUGCUAAUUAAAAGAUUAAGUUUAAUGAUCCUAAAUAGUCGCACUGACAGUUUGCAGUGCUUGUGGCCUUAUGUGAAGUAUACUAAUCUGUUUUAUAGAUUUGUAACUUGGUUUUGAAACACUAAUUCAUUCCCCAGAUAGCUCUUUAUAACUCUUUUAAAACUGUGUGCAAAAAUAAAAAAAAAAAAGAAACCUCUUUGUCAGCUGUAAGAAUUUAUUAGGAAACAGCUGAGUGGCUCUAACUUAGAUUUGAUUUUUUUUUUCUAAGUGUUAUUGUGGUAAGGUAUUGAGGACUUGUGAAGCUGACUCAUCAUGUCUCCUAAUAAAAUGUGUGCGCCGUUUAUCCUGCAAAAUUGUGUUUAAAGCAAUUUUACAUCUCUAAACUACUGGGCCCACGACUUAUUUGAUCUCAUGUGCAGCAUCAGUCUCUUGCAAUUGAAGGAAUUACUCAAAGUUUGUCCAUGCUACUUAGGCACACACCAGAGACGUGAACCUAUUGCAUAAAGAACGCCUAAAUGACGUAGAAGUGGUUGUAAUAAGCACCUUGUUCUGGCUCCUUGGGGAGCGGUGAUCUUUCUAAGAAAGAACUUGUGCUGCAGGAAUGGACUGUGAGGAUUUCUCUGUACAUUGAUCUUCUUUUCUAGAGAAGCUAGGAAUAUAUACUGAAAUGCACAAUGCUAUAUAUGUAUGUACAUAGUUUUUUUUUAAGAAAACCUUAUGCUGUAAAGAAUAUCUGUAUUGAGGAAAAUAAAAGUUCUACCAUUUUUGGAA